AUGUCGGUCCCCGGAGGAGGCCACGGGCGCGGCGGCCAGGAGGGUGAAAGGGCACUCACGCCCAGCCCCCGGCCCAGCCCGCGGGCGUCGCGGCGCUUGCAGCAACGCGUCGAGUUCUACGAGACCGGCUGGUCCGUGGGCGCGGUAGCCCCCGAGGGGGCGGGGGCCUCGCGCCUGGACGUGGCCGAGGUGGAGCGUCGCUUGGAGGCGGAGCGCCGCAACCGCCGGGACGCCGUUGGCCCCGGCCGGCUGCAGGAGACGGUCCGUCUGCGGCCGACGCCCACCUCGUCGCCACGGCCGACGUCGCCCCUGCCGCCGAGGGCGCCACCCCGCGGCCUCCCGGGCCUCCUGUUGUCGUCACCGGAGGACCCCGCCUCGCUAGAGGAGACCUACGAGCGCACCGAUGAGGAGGGCGACCUGGUGACCGGCGCCAGGAUCGUGACGAGGGAGCGAGUCAGCGUGCGGCGCAGCGUCCGCGAGGUGACUAUCAGCAGGACGCCGUCCGACGACCACCUCGUGGACGACUCGGCCUACCAGUCCCGCGUGCACGGGCGGUACACGGAGCAGGCAUCCACGGCAUCCACGGCAAGCGGGCUGCUCUCGCCGACGUCCAUCACCACGACGAGGAGCCUGUCCUCGUCGCAGACCUCGCUCAGCGGCCAGUUCCCGUCCGAGGAGAACCUCGCGGGGCUCGUGAGGACGCCGUCGAGGGAGCGCCUCGGGGAGACGGAGUGGUACGCGGACCUGCACCACACCGAGGCGUCCCGCAGACACGAGCUGGUUCGGCGGGCGUCCCAGUACGACAAGCACAUCCAGCACAUCCGAGACGAGCAGGAGCGCGUGCAGAAGAAAACCUUUGUCAACUGGAUCAACUCGUACUUAUCCAAGCGAGUUCCACCGCUUCGGGUAGACGACUUGAUCGGGGACCUGCGCGAUGGCACGAAGCUGCUCGCACUGCUCGAGGUCCUGUCCGGGGAGAAACUGCCCGUUGAGAAGGGGAGGAACCUGCGGAGGCCGCACUUCCUGAGCAACGCCAACACCGCCCUGCAGUUCCUGCAGAGUAAGAAAAUCAAGCUGGUCAACAUCAACUCCUCGGACCUGGUUGACGGGCGGCCGCCCGUCGUGCUGGGGCUCAUCUGGACCAUCAUCUUGUACUUCCAGAUCGAGGAGAACACCCGCGCGCUGGAGUCGCUGGGUCACCGCUUUGGCGGCUCUGGCUCCAGCCUGGACAGCGAGGCGGAGGCGUCGCGGCGCCGGGCGGGCGGCGCGCAGACGCCGCUGCCGCAGGCGCAGCAGCAGCAGGACCGCUGGCGGCAGGGGGCGCGCCGGACGCUGCUGUCCUGGGUCAACAACGCCCUGCCCCAGGAGAUGGGCGUCGAGGUGCAGGACUUUGGCAAGUCGUGGCGCGACGGCCACGCCUUCGUCGCCCUGGUGCACGCCAUCCGCAACGACCUCCUCGACGUGGACGGGCUGAGGCAGGCCGCCAACCGGGUCCGUCUCGAGUCUGCCUUCGGCGCGGCCGAGCGCGACCUGGGCAUAGCGCGCCUCCUGGACCCGGAGGACGUCGACGUGGAGAGGCCCGACGAGAAGUCCGUCAUGACAUACGUAGCCCAGUUCCUGCACCGCUACCCGGAGCCGCGCGGCGUGGAGGAGACGGUCCCGACCAUCCAGUCCGAGUUCCAGAAGCUGUCGGCGUGGCUGUCGGAGACCACGGCCCGCCUGCAGAGGCUCAUCGACACCGGCAGCCUGCCUACCGAGUACAAGGAGUACCUGGCCUUCCGCGACGAGCUGCUCGUCCACGCCGCGUCCUACGAGAAGCUGAGCAAGCUCAUGGCGUCGCAGAGCACCGCGCCCGUCAACAUGGACGCCUGGCAGCGCGUCGAGGACCUGUGGGACAUGCUGGAGAAGCAGGUGCAGCAGUGGCUGUGGCUGCUGGACUCGCGCCUGCCGCCGCCGCUCGGCGAGGUGGGCCAGUGGCUGGCCAAGGCCGAGCGCCUCCUCACCUCGGACGCCACCGACAUCCCGACCGUCAUGAACGAGGAGACGGCCUCCGUCAUCAGCCGCAAGCUGGAGGAGCACAAGGCGUUCUUUGCAGAGCUGCCCGCGGUGCAGGCCAAGUUCCAGGCCGCGCGCUUCGGGCCCGCCGCGCAAGGGGUGCCGCCCCAGCAGCUGGAGAGCAUCGGCCGCCGCCUGGAGGAGGUGGGGCCCCGGGCCGCGCAGCGCCGCGUCAAGCUAAAGUUUCUCGAGCACAAGUGCUGCCUCAUCGCCUUCCUCAAUCUCACCGAGACCAAGCUGCGCGGCUGGACCGGCAAGUACGGCCGCGAGGACCACGUCCAGUCGCUGCUCGAGCAGUACGCCAACUUCGUGUCGCGCAACCGCAUCUUCCAGGAGUUCAACAAGGCGUUCGUCGACAUGCAGCAGGUGGUGGAGGAGUACAAGAGGGAAGGGGGAGUGGAUAAGCGCGAGUGUGCGGCCAUCGACCGCUUCAUGCGCGACACGGACGACCGCUGGCAGAAGGUGUCGGUGCAGCUGCGCUGCGUGCAGAACAUGCUCGAGGAGAUGGUGGCCUACUGGCGGCGGCACAACACGCUCUCGCAGGAGCUGCAGGACUGGCUGCAGCGCGCGACGCACGCCCUGCAGCGCCUGCCCGAGGACGAGCGCCAGAACUUCUUCCAGGACCUGAGCGUGUGGAAGGACAAGCUGUCGCUGCUCGUGGACACGGUGGGCUUCCUGACGGCGGCCUGCGACGAGGGCGUGUCGCGCGCGCUCCGCGACGCGCUGGCCGAGCUGACGGCGCGCUGGGACGAGGUGUUCCGCCACGUGCAGCAGUACAUGCACGCCGGCGACCUGCUCCGCCUUCGCCGCGAGUUCCACGACGGCAUGGAGCGCCUGCAGCGCUGGCUGCGCGGCGCCGAGACGGUGCUGGCCAACCUGCACCUGGAGCUGGGCUCGGCCGAGCGCAUCAAGGCGUACGGCCAGGAGCUGCAGCAGCUGCAGGCCGAGGUGGAGGGCAUGGAGCAGCUGUUCAAGGGCAUCAGCAAGACCUUCCAGAGCCUGAUCCAGGACCUGUCGCGCCAAGAGGUGGACACCAUGAUGGACACGCUAAAGAAAGAAAAGGAGGCCCUGGUGCGCGUGCGCGCGCAGAUCCCCAACCAGCUGCACCUGUACCACCAGGUGCUGGUCCAACAGGAGUCUCUGGAGGCUGGGCGCAGAGAGAUCUCCGCCUGGCUGAACGAGGCCGACGCGGUCCUGGGCGAGCGCGCCCCGUCCGGCACCCGCGAGCAGGUCCAGGCCCAGCUCGACCGCCACAAGGCCUUCUUCUCGCGCCUGCCGUACUACAAGUCGAUGCUGGACAGCAAGGUGAAGGUGCUGUUCAACAUGCUCAAGAGCGUCGAGGCCACGGCCGACGAGCACACGCAGGCCGGCGGCAGCGUGGAGCAGCUCAAGCAGGACAUGACGGCCUUCGCCAACCGCUUUGCGAGCGUCGCUCAGCGCGCUCAGCAGCAGGACGCGCCGCACCCGGAGACGCUGGUGGCGGUGAGCGCGCUGGUGGGCCAGCAGGAGAGCGCCGUGAGCCAGCUGGACAGCCAGCGGUCGGCCGUGGUGAGCAUGCUGCAGCGCGGCAAGGACCUGGGCCGGGACGCGCACGCGCCGCGCUUCCUGCACGAGCACGUGGCGGCCCUGGAGACGGGGUGGAACCAGGCGUACCAGACCACGCUCGACAAGCUGGCGCGCCUCAAGGGCACGCAGCGCGCCUGGCAGAGCUACGGCGAGCAGCGCGACGCCCUGACCGCGCUGCUGGCGCGCGCCAACGCCGAGCUGCGCUCCGUGUCGCGGGGCGGCAACGCGCUGCGCGUCGCCGAGGAGCUGCGCGACAAGCAGGCCACGUGCAAGGCGCUGCGCGAGGCCACCGAGACCAUGCUCAAGCGGCUGCGCGACCUGUACACGGCGCUGUGCGCCGUCGCGGCGCCCGACGCCAAGCCCGUGCUGCAGAAGGAGGUGACGGAGAUCGAGACGCGGCUGCAGACCACCCUGGAGGCGACGCAGCAGCGGGUGCGGCACCUGGAACAACUGCAGGCCCAGUGGGGCCAACUGGAGUCGAGGCUCGGCGACGUGCACACCUGGACGGUGGCCUCGGCCCCGGCUCUGCUCGCCCGCCUCCAGGCCGCGGACGUGGAGCCCGACCAGCGCGCCAGCCACGCGCAGACCCUGCAGCAACAGCUCGCGCAGAAGGCCACCGUGCUCGAGGAGGUGGAGGCCGAGUCCGAGCAGCUGCUGGGCGAGCUCGUGGCCGGCCCGGACGCAGCCGAGGUGCGGAAGCGCGUGGCGGCCGUGCGCGCCGAGGUGGCGCAGGUGCGGUCCGCGGCCCAACAGCAGAGCCGCGCCGUGGAGACGGACCUCCAGCAGUGGCAGCGCUACCAGGCUGCGCUGGCCGAGGUGCGGCCGUGGCUGGAACAGGCCGAGGUCCGCGUCGCGGCCGGGGCACAGCGUUUGCAGCGGCCCGGGUCGCUGGCCGAGGCCGAGGAUCUGCUGCAGCAGGCCAAGGUGUUCGAGAAGCAGGACGGCGCGGGCAAGCAGACGGCCCGGCUGGAGGGCGUGGUGGCCGAGUGGAAGGACCUGGACAAGCGAGCGAUCGCCAUCGAGGAGUGGCUCGCCCAGGGGGAGACCCGCCUGCAGCAGGCCGUCAUCAACAUCAACACACCCAGCACCGCCAAACUGCAGCAGCAGCUGGACAUCCUAAAGGUCUUCCAACAAGAAGUGAGCUCGCACCAGGCGCAACUUCUACCGCUGGCGCAGGCCAGCGAGGCCCUCAUGCACAACCUCACCCCCGAGGGGGCUACCGCCCUCAAGGGGCGCCUCGCCGAGAGCCGCGCCCGCUUCACACAGCUCGCCGAGGGUGUGAGGCACAAGAUUAUUUGCGCUUCGGACGCUUUGCUGUCAAGACAAGAAUUCCAAGGGCGAUUGGCUGAGUUUGGCACUUGGCUUGAGCGUCUGGGCGAGAGCUCUCAGCAGAUCAGAACCCUUACCAUGACCCCGGCCGACGCGGGAGCCUUGCUGCAGCGGACUCACUCACUACUCCAGGAACACGCCGAACACCAACCCACCUUCGCUGCCAUCUACGAGGAGGUUAAAAGGCUCUCCGAAUUCAGCUCUCCGGAGGACGCGCAGAGCCUGGACGAGGCAUACAGCGCGCUAUCAUCGAAGUACCAGGGCAUGGAGGAGGGCCUGCAGGGCAAGCGCGUGGUGCUGGAGCGGUGGGUGGAGCUGCUGAGCUGGCACGCCGAGACGACCGAGGCGCUGGCGCACGUGCGCUACCAGCUGGAGGGCCGCGCCGAGGACCUGGAGCUGGACAAGUUGGGCGCCGAGCUGGACGCCACGGUGGCCAAACUGGCCCAGUGGCGCGUGACGGCGGGCGCCAUCGACACGACUAGCCAGCAGAGCGGGCUGCAGGUGCGCGUGCAGGCCGUGGAGCUGGUGACGGCUCUGGACGCGCAGGCGGCCGCGCUCCGCACGCAGCUGGCGGCCCGGCGCGAGGCCCUGCGCGCCGUGGGCGCGCACUGGUCGCACUUCCAGGAGCGGCAGCAGGUGCUGUCGACUCAACUGCUGGCAGCGCAGGAGGCCGUGCAGAAGGCGCAGAUGACGGCGGACCGCUGCUCGCGCCUGGACGCGGCCUCGGCCGCCAUCACGCGGCUGUACGAGCAGCACCAGGCGACGCAGGCGGACCGUGAGCGGCUGCACGAGGAGGGCCGGAAGCUGAUGGCCGAGGACCAGGCCAACGCGUCGACCGUGCAGGGCAUCCUCGCUUCGUACGACGCCAAUUGGGACAAGGUAUCAGAGAUGCUGCGCGAGGCCAAGCUGCGCUACUCGGACCUGAGCGGCGCGUGGCGCAAGCUGUGCGAGGCCCGGGACCGCGUCGUUGCCGGAGUGUCCGAGGCCAUGGCCAUCCUGGGCCCGGACGAGGCGCGGGAGGUGCCCACCGACAUCACCCAGGCCACCAUGGCCCUAGACCGUGCCAAGAAAGCCCUCGACCACGUGAAGAAGGCCAAGGGCGCCCUGGACAUGAUGGACAGCAAGGCGCAGGUCUUGUCCAGGCUGGUGCAGGACGUACCAGGGUGGAGCAACGAAGAAGUUGAGCAGGCUCUCAACCAAGCUCACCAGGGCUGGCAGAAGGCACACGACGCCGCCGCGAGCCGCAUUCACAUGCUGGAGGCCCAGCUCGUCAUCUGGAGGCAGAUCGAGGAGGCCAAGAGCGACCUCCUGCAGUGGCUGAGCGAGACCAGCGGGGGCCUCACACUGUCCGGUACUCUGUCGGACGCGGAGACGACACGGCAGCGGCUGGCCCGCUACCAGGAGGAGCUCCCAAUGAAGCAGAGUCUCCAGGCCUCGAUCGAAGCCAAGCACGAGCAGCUCGUCAAGCUGAACGAGGGUCGCGCCGUGCCCACCCUGGACGCGCUGACGCGCCUGCUGCGCGAGCAGUUCGCGCACGUCAAGGGCAUCGCCGAGCAGCUGGACUCGGCCGCCUCCUCCCUGGAGAAGCAGGAGGCCGCGGUGCGCGCCGAGAUGAAGAACGUCGGCGACAGCGUGUCGCGCGUCCGGGAGGCCGUCAUCAAAUGCGACGACCUGACGGGCGACACGCCCCGCGUGCUGGAGAGGCUCAAGACGUGUCUGAAACUGAGCGUGGAUCUGCAAGCACUGAAAGCGAGUCUCGAUUCCGUCGAGAAGUCCGUGUCCACUGUCAAGACGGAGUUCCCCGCGUUCGGCGACAACACCGGCCUGAACAAGGAGCUGCAGGGCCUUCGCAAGCGGUACGAGGGCGUGGCGUCGCACGCGGAUAAGGUGCAGUCCACUCUGCGCUCCUUCCUGCGCAAGUUCCACGCCGACAAGCACGGCGGGCUGCUGCGGGCGCUCGCCGCCCUCAAGGAGAAGAUCGCCUGGUGCGAGCCGGAGCCGAACAGCGACCGCUACAACUUGGAGGUGAAGCUCACGUCGCUGGAGGAGCUGACUGCCGGGCUGGGCGACUGCGAGCGGCGCCAGGCCGAGCUGGUGCAGAGCCUGGAGCAGCUGCGUGGCGUGGAGACGCCCGAGGCCGUGAAGGAGCUCUGCUCGGAGCGGGACGAGGUGGCGUUGGACCUGGCCGGGCUCAAGGCCUGCCUGGCCUCGGUGCGCGUGCAGCUGGAGAAGGGCGUCGCCCAAUGGAGAGAACUCGAGCUGAGGUCGGAGAGCGUCGCCUCGUGGCUGAAGGAGGCCGAGGCCCGCAUGAGGACAGAGACUGCACGGCAGGCGGACCUCUCCCGCCUCGACGAACACAUCCAGGAGAUGAGCGUGUUCCUCAAACAGAUCGAGGACUUUGAACACGAGACUGAGGCGCUGACCAAGUUGGCCGAGGCCAUGACCAAGGACAACCCCGAAUGUCGCGCUUCCUCGCACGUCGGCCUGCUGUCGACGCGCCACGCUGCUCUGCGGCGCACCAUCCGGGCGCUCGUCGACCAGCUCAAGACCCUGGGCCAGGACCAGAAGCUUUACGCCGAGGCCGUGAAGCAGGCGGAGCAGUGGCUCGGCCAGGCUGAGGCGCGGCUCAAGUCGUGCGAGGAGGUACUGUCCGCCGGCACCAAGCCCACCGCCGCCUACCAGGCGCAGCUGCAGGUCCUCAAGGACUUCGUGGUCGAGCGCGAGCGCGGCCAGGCCCUGGUGGGCGCGGCGGUAGAACGCGGCGAGGCUCUGCUCUCCGGCGUUACCCCCGAGACCAGGGAGAACGUCCGCGCCGAGCUGCGUCGCCUCCGGGACGCAUCCGAGAGGCUCCUGGACCGCGCCAACGCUCUGCAGAAGCGCGUGGAGGGCGUGAUGAUGCAGCGCGCCUCGCUGGACGAGAGCACGGCGCAGGUGGAGCAGUGGCUCACGGAGGCGAGCGGCCGCCUCGGCCCCGCCCUGCAGCUGUGUGCCACCCUGCCCGACAAGAAGCGCGUCCUGCACACGGUGCGCACUCUGGCGGCGGACGCGGCAUCCCACGGCGCCAUCCUGAGGACGCUCGAGGACAAGACGGCCGGACUUCAAGACGCGGACGCAUCGGCGAGGCUCGCCAAGAUCUUGAGUCAGUACAAGGACCUGAGCACCAAGGCCGAAGAGCGCGUGGCCGUGGCUGAGAAGCACGUCGUCAACCACGAAGCCUACUCACAGUCUAAAUUUGCUGAGUUAUUAAAACUACUUAAUUUGGGGAAAUUCGGGGAAAUUUGA